AUGUCUUCCGGGACCUCAGAUACUGGCUCCACAAAGCCUCGCUUGCAUUCAGUUCGCUCAUUUCCCAGGAUGGAUAGCUCGAACACAAACACCUUUGUGCGGUCACGGUCAAAAACCGCUCAGUCCGUCGCAAUUCCAGAAUCGGUAGACUCGGACGCUGUUCCGUUAACAUUGUCGACAAAUGAAGACAACUCGAGUAGCGGUCCAGACUUGUUCGAUAAGUCAGGGACUCCUGAUGCCGGUGUCGGGGACGAUGGACCCCAAGGGGAGGAGGCUUCAGUGCUCUCAAGGAACGUGCCGGAUCAAUCAGAGGAGCUACCGAUAGAGCUCAUCAGUCUCACCGAUAGAUUUGUGAACUCCCUAACGGCAAAAGUCCACUCAUCUCCGCCCACAAUAGAAAAAAUCUCCAACCUCUUCCAAGAUUUCUACUCCCGAGCGGAAUCCCAUAUAGCUACUCACAUAUCUGCACUUGCCUCUCGGAUAAAUCGCGAUUCUUCGCCAUAUCCGGUGAAAACAAAAUUCAGUAGUAAAGAUACAGAAAAUAUUGCCUCUAGUCGUCAAAUGUUGACAGCAUCGGAAGUGGCGGAAAAACGGAAUGCACGAAAGCUCCUUGCCUCCAAGCGCGUUGACUUGGAAGAAGCUGUAGAACGGAGGGCUUGUGAAAGUAUCUAUGAUAAAAUAUGGAGGCAUAAGAGCACGCUAGACGAGGUUAGAGAUGAGAAGUUGCGCUCAAAAACAGCAGCACUGCUUUUAGUUGGGAUCAACCUCAAGGAUCUUGGAGUGGACAUUGACAUUACAACAAUUGACGAGGAAAGACAAAAAGAAGCAGAUGAGGGCUUCGCAAUCGCGCGUGAUUGUCUUGUGAAGAUGAACGAUGAGAAGUAUCCGUUAGGGAAGCUCCGGCACCUUGCUGCGGCACACAAGGCUAUUGUCGAUGCAUUGACCAAGCUACUUCCUUCUUCCUCCUCAGCUGAUGAGAUCUUGCCGGCUCUCAUUUACACAUUGGUUACCUGUCCACCCGAGGGUAUCAACAUCAUAAGCAAUCUCCUCUUUGUACAACGAUUCAGAUCAUUUAAUAAGGUUGACGGUGAAACUGCAUACUGCUUAACCAACCUCGAGGCGGCUAUCAGCUUCCUCGAAAAUGUGGAUCUUUCUGAACUCCGCGCCGACGAGUUGCCAGAAGGACAGGCAAAAGCACCGAAGGAUGAAGCUGUACAACUCGUUGAAAAAACAGGUUCCCUUCAACCAGCUUCAGAGAUCCCCGCAUCGUCUGUUUCACCGGUUACCGCUUCUGCCGAGCCUUCGAAGCCAAGUGAAAAGGAAGCGUCAAGCACGUUGCUCAGAUCUCAGCCCCCAACGCAAGUUCAACCAGGACGUCUAAAUAAUAUUUUCCAGCCCCCUUCAAAGGUACUCGGAGCGGCUAACGAUGCCGUCCGAAACACUGCUGAUCAAAGCCUAAAAAAUAUCAGUGCAACAUUAGACAGCAGUUUCAAUUUUCUGUUUGGCAGACUCAAGGAACUCCAAUCGAACCAAAUCCCGGGUAAAGACGGGACAGGGCCUGUUUUACCAAAGACACUAGCUGAGGCAAGACGCUUGGUGACUGCUCCAAUAACUACUGGCAACACUCAACUCAAUUCGGAGGAAGGUGUCGCCAAAGAACCUCAGGCUACUGAACGACCUCAACUGAGACGCAUCGGCUCCAAGGCUGAAGAGGUUUUCCUCGGGAUAGUAAGUGGACAGAGAACUCCCAGAGAUCGGAGCGUGGAGAGCGUCCGCACGCAGGAAAGCUCUAAACCCUCGAGCCUCUUUAAAGAAGAACCCCAAAUUUCCACAUCAAGCUCAACAUCGUUAGCUCCAACACCUUUGGAGUCGAUGAGAAACUUUGGCAACACUCUUAACCCACUCAACCACAUCCCGGGUAUGAUCAGGAAUUUUGGCCGUGCCACGCCUGAAUCUCCUGCCUUAUCAUCCCCUUCUCCUUUAGAAAGGCCAAAGGGGCUCUCAUUCUCGCGGGAAGCGAAAAUUGACCCCCCAAUCCAGCGUUUCCUCCAGAUGCAGAAUGCGAAUGAUCUAACUAUUGGAGACGUGAGCGUUUUACUCGAAGAUUACAAGCGCCUUUCCGCUGCGCUUUUAAAGCAAGGGCUGACUUUCAAAUAA